AUGUCAUUCUGGACCGGCCUCCGCGUCCAACCAAUCCUAUCUGAUGAAGUGCAGACGUUUAAGGCGCUCAUCACCGUUCAUAAGGUGUUGCAGGAGGGUCACCCUGUGACGAUCAAAGAAUCACACGGACAGACUGGUUGGCUAGAGACUUGCGCUCGAACAGUUGGUCAUGAGAGCCCCAGAGGCUAUGGUCCCUUGAUCAAGACUUACGUUCAAUUCAUCUUGGCAAAGCUGCGAUUCCACCGUCUACGACCAGAGUUCAAUGGCCUGUUCGAGUACGAAGAAUACGUCACACUGAAGGGUAUUGAUGAUCCCAACGAAGGUUACGAGACCAUAUCCGAUCUCAUGGGUCUACAGGAUCAGAUUGAUUCAUUCCAGAGGAUGAUAUUCGCGCAUUUUCGCCAUUCUGCCAGCAAUGAAUGUCGCAUAUCUGCCCUUGUUCCUCUUGUGAAAGAGAGCUGGGGCAUAUAUCGGUUCAUAACAAGCAUGUUGCGAGCAAUGUAUCGGAGGACCGGCGAUAAUGAGGCAUUAGAGCCGCUACGCCAAAGGUACAACGCCCAGCACUACGCUCUACGCAAGUUCUAUUAUGAGUGCUCCAAUCUCAAGUAUCUGACCGGUCUUAUCAAUGUUCCGAAGCUUGGUCAAGAACCUCCGAAUCUUCUCGACAGUGGCAAUGCCCCAGAUCUUCCCGCGAGGCCAACGACUACCACUAUCAAGACGCCUCCGCCAGCCACUCCAGCACCUGAUGCUGCCGCAAUCAGUGAACAAGCACGCAUGUUGAAGGAGUACGAAGACCAGCAGGCUGCUCUGCUUGCUGCUCGUGAAGCUGAAGAGCGUCAUCGGCAAGAUUUGGAAGAGCAACAGCGUCGUGAAUUCGAGCGUCGGCAAGCCGAACAAGCCGAAAGGGAGCGGCUCGCGCAGGAGCAGCUUAUGCAACAGCAGAUGAUGCAAUACAACAACCAGGCUGCCGCUCAUGUACAAGAGCUGGAGCGAGAACUAUUGGGUAUGCGUGGCCAAUUCGAGCGGGAUCAAUUGAUGCUUGAACAAUAUGACCGGAGAGUAAAAGCGUUGGAGGGCGAGCUUGGUGGUGUAUCGACGAACUUCAAUGCACAAAUGCAGUCGAAGGACGACCUAAUAAAGCAGUUGCAAGAUCAGGUUACCCUCUGGCGCAACAAAUACGAGGCUCUCGCGAAGUUGUACAGUCAGCUCCGCUCAGAGCAUCUGGAUAUGUUGGCCAAGUUUAAGCAGAUGCAACUGAAAGCCAACUCGGCACAAGAAGCAGUUGACCGCAUGGAAAGGAUGGAGCGUGAUUUGAAGGCGAAGAACCUGGAGCUCGCGGAUAUGAUUCGUGAGCGUGAUCGCGCUAGAUUUGAUCUGGAUCGCCAGAAGUCCAAUCACAAGGAUGAGUUGGAUCGCUUGCGACGAGAGCUCGGCUAUGCCAACGAACGGGCGGACGAUGCUUCGCGAUCAAAGAGUUCGGAAGUAUCCGGUGUGUUGUCGAAGUACAACAGACAAUUGUCCGAACUCGAGGAUUCUCUGAGGGCUAAGCAGCUGCAGAUCGACGAUCUCCUUGUGAAGCUAGAGAAUGCAUCUGUUGACUUGGAGCGACUUAAAGAAGAGAAGGACCAGGAAAUCGCUAUCCUUCAAGAGGGAAUGGAUAGUACUAUACAACAACUCCAUGAAUCUCAGCAGAACCAAGGUAUCUCAGACGAGGCGACAAACGCCCAAAUUGACACCCUUAUUUUGGACAACAGGAAAAAGCUUAACCAGAUUAUCGAUUCUAUUCUACAAGCUUGCGUACAUAAAGUAGACGAGGCGAUCUAUGAAUUGGAGUCACCAGCGCAAGCAGGGAAUCUCAAUUCAACACCUGAAUACACGCUGUCAAUGAUCGAGAAAGCUAUCAAUAACGCGACAGAGUUCGCAACGGUUUUCAACAUGUACCUGGGCGGUGAAAUCGGUGGAGAGCAUGUCGACGUCAUCAAAGGUGCUAACGAGCUCGCACAGUCGCUGUCGGACGUGCUCAUCAAUACCAAGGGCAUCACUCGUCUGAUUAGUGAAGAAGCGUCUGACAAACUUGUCAACGUUGCCAAGGGCGCGGGGGACGUUGGGCUGAGAGUGUUCUUAAAUCUCCAGUCAUAUAAGCUCGACUUAUUGCCCCAGCUGACUCAGAGGAGAGAGGUUGCUAUGCGCAACAACGGCGAAGCACGAAAUGCCCUGACCAAGCUCUCAGAAGUGGUGGAUGCUCUCGUACCUAAAGGUGGCAAGGCUGGUGCACUUAGCAAGACGAACGGUGAUAUCGGAGAUCUUGUCGAGCAGGAGAUGUUGGGCACUGCUAAAGCCAUUGAAGCUGCUACCGAACGCCUCCAACAGCUCAUGGCUCGCCCGCGUGAUUCCGGGCGCUUCAGCGCGGUCGACCUGCAAGUUCACGACUCCAUUUUGGCUGCUGCCCUUGCGAUCACUAACGCCAUCGCACGGCUGAUCCAGGCUGCCACCGAGUCUCAACAAGAGAUUGUUGCUCAAGGGAAGGGUUCAAGCACUACGCAGCAAUUCUACAAGCGCAACAACCGGUGGACUGAAGGCCUUAUUUCUGCAGCUCGCUCCGUUGCGUUUGCGACCAAUAUGCUAAUCGAAAGUGCCGAUGGGGUGCUGUCCGGGACGCAUUCACUCGAGCAACUGAUUGUUGCUUCUAACGAAGUGGCUGGAGCCACAGCUCAGCUAGUCGCGGCUUCUCGAGUAAAGGCAAACCUCAUGUCUAAGACCCAGGAGCGCUUAGAGCUGGCGGCCAAGGCCGUCACUGAGGCCUGCAAGGCUCUUGUCAGGCAUGUCAAGGCGAUAUCUGCAAGGCAGGCGCAAGAAGAAGAGGUCGACUAUAAGAACAUGGCAGCGUUGGAAUUCAAGAAGCGGGAGAUGGAACAGCAAGUGGAGAUUCUCAAACUGGAGAAGGAUCUAGGGGCUGCUCGUCAUCGUCUCGGUGCGAUGAGACGCGCGGGUUACCAUACAGACGAGACCGACUAG